CUGCCCCCAUGGAGCUCCCCCUGGCCCAGAUAAGCCCCCAAGGAAGUCACAACACCCCCCCUCCGACCUUCACCACCUUCCAGCCCUUGGACUUCACUCGAAAAAGCUGCCAGGACUUAGGGCCCACGAAUCAUGGCGUCUUUCCCUCCUUGAACCAGGCCUCUCCCCAGGCCCCGGGGGCUGCCUCCAGUCAAGAGGACACAGGGAAGGCUGAGGAGGUGCCUAAGGAAGGAGGCCAGUCCCUGCAGGCGGAGACCCGGGCUUGGUUCCAGAAGACCCAGGCCCGUGGGCUCCUGCAGCGCGGGGCAGCCCCUCCUUGGUUCCACGGCUUCAUCACUCGGAGGGUCAGAGCCCCGUUCUCUCUUCUCCUCCGUCACCGCAGAGAGGCCGAACGGCUGCUGGAGACCAAGCCGCAGGGAUGCUACCUGGUGCGGUUCAGCGAGAGCGCCGUGACCUUUGUGCUGACCUACAGGAGCCGCACUUGCUGCCGCCACUUCCUGCUGGCCCAGCUCCGGGACGGCCGCCACGUGGUGCUGGGCGAGGACAGCGCCCACGCGCGGCUGCAGGACCUGCUGCGCCACUACUCGGGGUCCCCGCUCAGCCCCUACGGGGAGACGCUCAGCCAGCCCCUGGCCCGCCAGACUCCUGAGCCAGCAGGACUUUCCCUAAGGACUGAAGAAGCAGACGCUGCAAGCAAAAGCCAGGACCCACACCCCCAGUAUAGCCCAGUCCUCAAAAAGGAGAAGCCCAGAGCCCUCAUGCAGAAAGAGGGGGGCAGCGAGCCAAAGGAGCCCUCCCAGCCGCCUAGACCCAAGCCUCCCGUCCCCGCCAAACCUCUGCUGUCCUCCGAAGCCUACACAAGCCCAGCGCCAAGACUCUGCCGGACCCUGCCCGCCAAGCCCUCCAACCCCAUCUACCACGAGCCGGAUGAACCCAUAGCCUUCUAUGCUAUGGGCCGGGGCAGCCCUGGGGAAGCCCCCAGCAACAUUUACGCCGAGGUGGAGGUGGAGAUGGAGGUGCCGUCAGGGGGUGAGGGUCCAUCGUGCAUCCUCUGGCACCCGGUCCUCCGGAAGUGCCGGUCCAGGCCUCUCCCAGGAAGACAGAAUCCAGGUGGCCAGCAACUGCAUUCCGAGAACUCCGUGGCUGGACAAGGCCCUCCCGUGCCCCGCCAGCCCCUGCCUCUCUGGGGACACAGCCUCCCUCACAACCUAGACAGGAGUUCCAGGACAGAGGAGAGACGUGGCCCUCCCUAGGGCCUCCUCAGGAGCCAGUG